AUGCUUGCAAGAUGCUCAAUAAAGCUUCUUGUUUACUUAUUUAUCUGGAGCAUAUUACUGUUUGUGGCCACUCUGGUUCGAAUAGACAUCGCGAAUUAUAGGAAGAGGCAAGUAGAAAACGCGAUUGAUGAGAAUCGACGGUUUUCCUCCGGAGGAACUGUGUCUCAUGUCUAUCAUACCCCCACAGCCGAGCCUUACUACAACUCAAGAAAAGACGAUGAUCUCUGGCGUGCCUUUGUCCAUCAAAAUUUGCCCGAUUUGCCAGUAGAGGACAAUGAGGAGCAAGAACAGCUGAAGAAGAAGCGGUAUUUUGUAAAUAGCGAAAAUGAGAGCUUCCAGAUUUACAAUGACUACCACGUUCUCGACGAUGAUUUCAUAACCAUCUUAGUUCAAGUUCACGAUCGCCUGGAUCUUUUAAAAGUCCUCCUUGAUUCCUUGAAAUCGGUCAGGGGAAUCCAGAAGAGCCUGCUUGUCAUCUCGCUUGAUACACUCAUUCCGGAAAUCGAAGACUACCUCAAGACAAAUGUCCAUUUCUGUCAACUUGCAAUCAUUCAUCAUCCCUUCAGUAUGGCAUUCUACAAGGAUCAAUUCCCCGCGCAGAGCCCGAACGAUUGCCCAAAAGAUUCGAAGAUGGCGGCUGACGUAAACUGCAACAAGGAGGCGAAGGCCGAUAAGUAUGGCCAUUUCAGAGAGGUCAAAUACAGUCAGAUCAAGCUCCAUUGGACUUGGAAGCUCAACUAUAUUUUCAACCGGGAAGACAUUAACACUGUUCUUCUCCUAGAAGACGAUCAUUUCUUGGCUGAAGAUGCUCUCUGGCAGAUUCAAAACUCCAUCGUUCCAGUUAUUCGAGAGUCAAAGGAUUUUAUGGUUGGAACAUUGGGAACGUACAUCAAGUCGAAGACCGCGCCUAAUUACAAAACGGACUAUCUGAGAACUGGAGUCUGGAUAUCUGGUCAGCACAACAUGGGAAUGAUUGUCGACAGAAGUUUUUACGAGAAUUUGAAGCUUCACUCGUCUAAGUACUGUUUCUACGACGAUUAUAAUUGGGACUUCAGUCUCAUGGCGCUCGCUGUCGAACAAAAGUGGAAAGUUAUUUUCCCUGUGAUGCCCAGGAUCUACCACAUGGGCGGGGACUGCGGUUACCAUUCCAAGUCUCACUCCUGUAAUCUUACAGGCGCUCUAGAAUUCGUAGAGAAGACCCUUUCAUCAUCCAAGGAACUUCUCUUUUCCAAAAUAUCUCAUCUCUCAAACACCGGCCCGACAAAGUACCCCAAGCUCAAAGCGAAUGGAGGAUGGGGCGACGUGAGAGACCAGCGCUUAUGCCUAUAUCAGUUCACUUCCGAAAGCGACCCGAUUAGAAAUCUGUAG